AUGACUACUAUUCUAUAUUUCAAUAAUAGAAAAGACCAGAAAUCGCAACCAUUUCCAUAUGAUCAACAGCAUAGUUUACCCUCUCCGCCCGAUUCUACUUCCUACAGCAGUAGCAGUGAUGGAGAUGAUUACACUACUAUAUCCGAUAAUAACCAAAUCGAAAGACACCGGCAUGUGGAGAAACUAAGCAUUUUCAACCUUAAAGAGUUACCAACUAUGAAUUUACCAGAAAACUAUACCAUUGACCAUUCAAUCAUUCAACAAAAACAACAAAAUAAUAAAGGUAGUCGCGUGACAUGGUCGGAGAAAAAGAAACAAAAGAUGAAUGAUAAUAGUGAGAGUACAGUUGUUCAAAAAAAGAGGAAACGCAGCCAUUCUGCAUCAUCAACAGCAUCUUUUACAGCAGAAGUAUCUUCAACAGCUUCUACAGAAAUAGUCAAUAUUGAAGAAGCAGAGGAAGUAGUAGAUGUAGUUGAAGACGAAGGAGACGGAAAUGAGCACAGAUGUCGUGACUGUGGUAAAGUGUAUAAACACUUGAAUUGCCUUUUUAAACACCAAUGGGAACAUACAGAGCAAUGGGAAUAUACAUCUUCCUUUCUCUUAACAAAGCAUCAACAAGUCCAAAUGCUAGAAGCUGCUUCCAUCUUACUAAAUAUGAAAAAUAGAAAGCAUCAACAACAUAAGCCACUAUUAACCAACAAAAAGAGAAAACGAAAUGCUGUUCAUCCUUUAAAAGUAUGA